AGCUGGCGGGCAUGCUCGCCACGCAGGCCCCGGGCACGAUGGGCCCUUGUCUGCCCGAGUGCAUCCCUCUUGUCAUCGAAUGCCUCAACGACUCGAACGCAAAGGUCCAGACGGCCGCAGAGGAGGCGCUGCCCGUGCUCUGCUCGUGCGUGCAGAACGCCGAGGUCGCGUCGACGCUGCGCGACUUCAUCAUCGACGCGCUCAAGAAGCCGGACAAGACAUUCGAGUGCGUGGAGGAGGUGCUGAUGACCACCUUCUGCAACCCGAUGGACGGCACGUCUCUCGCCUUUAUGAUGCCGAUCAUCAUCCGCGGGAUCAAGGACGCAAACUACGAGCUCGUCAAAAAGUCGACCGUCUGCGCGUCCAACUUGUGCGCCCUCAUCAAGGAUUCGUCCGACAUCGCGCCGUUUGUGCCGCUGCUGCUGCCGCUCCUCGAGAAGAACGUCGAGCACUCGUCGCCGAACAUCCGCGAGGCGACGCAGACGGCGCGCGAGCGGCUGCUCGAAGGCGCCGGCGACCUUGUCGACCCCGCCAAGCGCGGCACCGCGGUCGGCGUGUGCGUGCGCGACUCGCUUGCCGCCGCGGUGCCGUCGCUGCCCGAGCCCGUCGCGACGUACCUCUCGCACACGUGCGCCGCCCUGCUCGAGGAGCGGCUGGGCGGCGUCGUGCGCGUGCAGAACUUCCGCCACGCGGUGCCCGCCACGGAGCAGUGGGUCUCCUCCAUCGUCGAGCCGUACGCGGCCGC